AGAGAUGCGUUAUGCAGACUUCAGCGUCACUCUGAGCCAAAAAACUGCUCUCCAGAGAGAGAUAACUCAGCAACACCAUGGCUGAACAUGCCACCAACAUGCGGCUGAAACUGCCAAUCGUGUGCAUCGUGUUGGAGGUCAUUCUCAUCAUCCUCUUUGGAACACUUGUGGAGUACCAGUCCGAUGCUCAUGCCCGCGACUGGCAUCGCUCCGACUUGAACAAGACAAAAAAACCCGACUACGAGAACGAAUUCUACUACCGUUAUCCCAGCUUCCAGGAUGUACAUGUGAUGAUCUUCAUUGGUUUUGGAUUUCUUAUGACAUUUCUGCAGCGUUAUGGCUUUAGCAGUGUUGGAUUUAACUUCCUCGUCGCUGCAUUCUCACUGCAAUGGGCAACACUCAUGCAGGGUUUUCUUCAUGGCAUGCAUGGCAAUAAGAUCGAGGUCGGAGUGGAGAGCAUGAUAAAUGCAGAUUUCUGCACUGGCUCGGUGCUGAUCUCAUUCGGGGCGGUACUAGGGAAAACUAGCCCAGUCCAGCUGCUUGUAAUGGCAAUAUUUGAAGUUGCACUGUUUGCAAUCAAUGAAUUCAUCCUCCUCUCUGUUUUUUAUGCAAAAGAUGCUGGAGGUUCCAUGACCAUCCAUACAUUCGGAGCCUACUUUGGUCUGAUGGUGACACGAGUGCUAUACAGGGAAAACCUGGACAAGAGCAAGAGCCGGAGCACCUCUGUCUACCACUCUGACCUCUUUGCUAUGAUUGGUACCAUCUACCUGUGGAUGUUCUGGCCCAGCUUCAACUCGGCCAUCACUGCUCAUGGAGAUGAUCAGCACCGCACUGCCCUCAACACAUACUACUCUCUGGCUGCCUGCACUCUUGCCACAUAUGCCUUCUCUGCUCUAGUCAACCACGAGGGAAAACUGGACAUGGUGCACAUUCAGAACGCGGCGUUGGCCGGUGGUGUUGCUGUGGGAACUGCUGGUGAGAUGAUGCUGACUCCAUUUGGCUCCAUGAUUGUUGGAUUCUUGGCUGGAACAAUCUCGGUGCUGGGCUAUAAGUACCUCUCACCUGUUUUAGAGUCAAAGCUGAAGAUCCAAGACACAUGUGGUGUCCAUAACCUGCAUGGGAUGCCUGGGGUACUGGGUGCUAUUGUUGGGAUCAUCACAUCUGUGGCAGCAAGCCAUGAGGUUUAUGGCAAAGGGUUGGGAGAUGUGUUUGAUAAAGUCUCACCAGAAAGAGAUUUCUCCGCUCAGGCUGGAAUGCAAGCCGCCUCUCUGGGUGUGACGCUGGGCAUAGCCCUGUUAGGUGGACUCCUCGUUGGCUUCAUUCUGAAGCUGCCUAUUUAUGGAGCCCCACCAGACACCCUGUGCUAUGAGGAUGCAAUCUACUGGGAGCUGCCAGGAGAAGAGUCAGGCAGUGAAGAGCUGGCUUCAGUGAAAACACCAGACGAGUCGGAGAAACUCAACGGUUAAAUUACAUGUCUACCUUUUGUGUGCAUUUUGUGUGUUUUUAUGUGUGUGAGAAAAAGAGUGCAUGUGUGUACGUGUGUACUGAUUUACCUGCCUCACCACACAGGAUAUAUGCUCAAAACUGAGUAUGAGUGCCGCAUCAACUGUGGCUACUGCAGAGGUGUGACUUUUACACAGACUUUAAUAUGCAGAGUGAUGUGUAAAUGUAUGUGGUUUCAUUUGUUUGGUUAUCUUGAGUAACUCCUCUGAUUUGGAAGUUUGUAUAAAUUUGUUUAUGCUUAUUGGAGUGUUUUACACAUAAAAAUGUAUAAAAAAAAAAGUGAUCCCAA